AUGCCAAUUUCAGAAUACAAAUUAUGUGUUUUUGGUUCGGGUGGUGUGGGAAAAUCAUGUCUAACUAUGCAAUUUGUUCAAGGUAUUUUUAUGCCAAAAUAUGAUCCAACUAUUGAAGAUGUUUAUAAAAAAACAGUUGAAAUUGAUGGAAAACAAUAUUCAUUAGAAAUUCUUGAUACAGCUGGAACAGAAGAAUUUUCAGCAAUGAGAGAUUUAUAUGUUAAAAAUGGACAUGGAUUUGUUCUUGUUUAUUCAAUAACAUCACAAGCAACAUUUAAUGAUUUAGAUGAAUUUUAUGAUCGAAUUAUACGUAUUAAAGAUAUAGAAAUUCAUGGUCAACCAGCAUUAGUUCUUGUUGGAAAUAAAAGUGAUUUAGAAGAUGAACGUGUUGUUGGACGUCAAUCAGGACAAGAAUUAGCAAGAAGAUGGAAAUGUACGUUUCUUGAAACAUCAGCAAAGAAUUUAUUAAAUGUUAAUGAAAUAUUUUGUGAUCUUGUUCGACAAAUAGAUCGAGCAACAACUAAAUCAAAUACUCGUUUUGCAAAAGAUCAAGGAUCAUCGCAUCGAACACGAACCAUUGACAGUACACAUUCAUCUAGACAACCAUCUUCAAGUAAAAAAUCUCGCAAGGGCAAAGACAAAUGUGUUUUACUUUGA